AUGUCUUUGCCUGAAUCACAAUCUUGGAAAAAAAUCCGUUUAAAUUCCGGAAAGGCAGUCAAUGCAGGAUCAAAGGAUACUGACCAAGUAGAUAGAGCAACAAUUGAUAAAGAUGAACAAAUAGAUUCUAGUGAAAAUGCGGAAUUAAAUGAACAAGUGAUUUCAAACUGGAAGGUUCGGGAACAGGAUGUGGGUUUAACUGAAUAUGUCGAUGCAUCCAUUCCUGGAUUUUCAGCAGUCAUUAAGCAGCGAUAUUCAGAUUUCUUAGUUUAUGAAAUUGAUCAAGAUAAUAAUAUCGUUCACAUUACUAAUACCGAUUUACCAAAGGAUAUCAAUGUCGAUAAACAAUCUUCUAAAACACUUAACGAUGACAUAACGGUUAUUUCAACUGACCAAAUAUUUCUUGACAUGAAAUCUUUACUUGGUGAUGAAAUUACUGAGAAAGUUAAAACUUUAUUGAAUACUGAAGGACAAGAUCUCUCAUUUGUUGAUACGAAACCGGAAAAAGAAAAGGAUAAACGAACAAUAAUUCAUCAAUUUUUCAAAAAACAUUUUGGUGAUAAAUUAAAUACCGAAACUAAAGAGGAUCAACAACAAGCUAGGCAACAUUGGGCAGAAAAUCAUGAUGCUAAAAAAGCAUUGGAAUUAUUUCCAAAAAGAUGCGUUGCUGAAUGUAAUAUUCUUUCUUCAUUCGUAAAAACCGGUCAUAACAAAGAUUGUGCGGGCGCAUUUGCUUCUGUAGUUGGAGAUUUGGUAAUUCUUGACGAUAAUGAAUUAGGAGAUAAUAUUGCCGACAGUGAUGUCACCAUUAAUUCUGAGGACAAAAAGGAGAUUAAAGUAAAAAUCUUAAAAGAAGAAGAUAUACCAAAUUAUACAAUCUAUGAUGUUGUUUUACCUUUACCUGGAUACUUAGUUGUAUACCCAAAUAAUAAUAUAUUUGAGAAAUAUAAAGAACUGAUGUGGAAGGAUCAUUUGGAUCCUCGUGAAAUGAAAAGAAACAUAAA